AGAUAUAAUCUCAAUAAUGGAAAAACCAAUCAAUAAGAAUAACCCACCAUGGGCAAAAUGGUACUUCAGUGGACUCACUUUGUCUUGGCAGUUCCCACUGUGUUUUACUUCUCAGAUUCUCUAACCACGCAAAGAACAGAGUAAAGCUUUUCUAGUCUUUUACUGAUCUCAAAUCUCACCGCUCAAAUUAUUUCUUUAUUCUUUAAUCCAGUAUUAUUUUUAUGAACAACUGAAUAUUUAUUAUCUCCAUCUCAUUGUCCUUACCAUUCACAGUUUUGUUUCCACUGUUUUCUUAAACUUUGACCCCAAGAGACUGUUAUGCAUUUAUUCCAGCCAUGAACUUGAAAACACUUUCACUUGCGGAACAGUUUCCAUGGCUGAGAAGAAAAGUACUUUCUGGGUUUGGUUUGGGAGUUGGGAUUUCUCUCAUUGUUUUUGCCGUGCUUUAUCUCGGUCAAUUCCAAAAGGGUUCUUCGGUAGAGCCAAUGUUCCAAGGAUUUGAAAGUAUUAGCAUGAACUCUUCUUUCUCUGAUUCUCCUUCAGCUAAUGGUAAUAGUUCCUCUGCCAUAUCAGAAAAUAAGGGAAAUCUUGAGGGGUCAGAUGGGAAAGGACCGGUUUUGAAGACGACCCAGUUGUCCAAUUUCACCCAACAGGGGAAAAAUGGAAGCUUUAAUGGCGAUGAAGGAAGAUUUCAACAGCAAACCAAUGCUCCAAAUGGAGCAGUGGUUGGAGAAAAGAGUACUCCUUCAGAUUCUAAAAACGAAGUGCUUGUUUUAGAUCAGAAGGAUUACCCGGGAAACUCUUCUAAGAUAGUAGAAAAUGGAAGCUUAUCUGGCAAAGAAGAUUUGGCUAUUGAGAAAACAGCUCCAGAGGUAUCUUUGAAGAAUUACAGUGAUGGUGAAAAUGAAGACAGAGGAAACAAUACCAAGGGCAAUGUUAUAGUUAACGUUACUUCUCAAGUUGAGAAAAUAAAGAGUGCUUCAUUACAGGAUUGCAAUAUCUUUGAUGGUAAAUGGGUUAGAGAUGAUUCAAAGCCUUACUAUCCUCCGGGUUCUUGCCCUCAUAUUGACAGAGAUUUCGAUUGCCACCUAAACGGGAGGCCAGACAAUGGAUAUGUGAAAUGGAAAUGGCAGCCAAAUGGGUGUGAAAUUCCAAGUCUUAAUGCGACUGAUUUCCUGGAGAGGCUUAGAGGAAAGAGUUUGGUAUUUGUUGGGGAUUCAUUGAACAGAAAUAUGUGGGAGUCGAUGGUUUGUAUUCUUCGCCAAAGUAUCAAAAACAAGAAGAAAGUUUAUGAGAUUUCUGGGAAGAGGGAGUUUAAGAAGAAAGGCUUUUAUGCAUUCAGAUUUGAGGACUAUAAUUGCUCUGUAGAUUUUGUUAGUUCUCCUUUUCUUGUUAGAGAAUCAUCUUUCACUGGCAAGAAUGGAACAUUUGAGACUCUAAGACUAGAUUUGAUGGAUCAGACUACUAAAAUGUAUUAUGAUGCUGAUAUCUUAAUCUUCAAUACUGGCCACUGGUGGACCCACGAGAAAACUUCUAAAGGAGAAGAUUACUACCAAGAAGGAAACUAUGUGCACCCUAGAUUAAAGGUGCUCGAAGCUUAUACGAGGGCCCUUAAAACUUGGGCCAGAUGGGUUGAUAAAAAUGUUGAUAACAAGCGAACACAAGUCUUCUUUAGAGGAUAUUCAGUCACCCAUUUCAGAGGAGGGCCAUGGAACUCAGGAGGACAAUGCCACAAAGAGACCGAGCCCAUUUUCAACAGCACUUAUUUAGCUAAGUACAAUAAAAAGAUGAGGGCUUUAGAGUAUGUGAUUCAAGAUAUGAAAACUCCAGUGACAUAUCUAAACAUAAGCAGGCUUACAGAUUACAGAAAAGAUGGUCAUCCGUCGAUUUACCGAAUGGAGUACAAAUCGGUAGAGGAGCAAAUUGCUGCUGUACAUUCUCAAGAUUGCAGCCAUUGGUGCUUGCCUGGAGUUCCAGAUACUUGGAAUGAGUUACUAUAUGUUUCUUUAUUAAAGACCAACGUGGGAUCUUGGAGAUACUAAACAAAGUUAUACACAAAAACCACAUAUUUCCAUGUAAAUUUUAGUCCUUUUAUUGGUUCAAUGACUCCUGGUAUUUGAUUCCUCGGGUUAUAUGUAUAUCGAGAGUUUUCAACUGGGAUUAGAUUAUAGGUCGUUCCCUUUAGCAAGUCGAUAUACAUACUUUUUAUAGUUUACAUUCAAAGCUUUCAACAAAGAAAAUAAAUUUAUUGAAAUAUUGAUUUAGAGUCAUAAAGUUGCAUGCUCAA